UUUAUGAUCGUGAUGUCGUUAAACUGGACUUUGUCUUUGCUGAUUUCUUGCGUUGUCUUCAACUCUGCCUAUUUUCAAUGUACUGAGAGGGGCUGUGUUUGCCACUGCACUUGUUGCAGAGCUUGCCUUUUUACUCCUAACUGUGGAGACUGCUACAGGGAGUGGAGUGGUACACUAUUAAAUAGAUGUCAAAGAAAAAACAUUGCCUACGGAGUGGAUACAGCUUCACAGACAACAACUUUAGUUAAAGGAUAUGAAGCGAGUAAAGCAGUUGAUGAAGAUGAGGAAACCUUUUCGAGCACCCAGGCUGGCUACAAUGUCACAUUUUCCUUAGAAUUUUCAGAUGUCAAAAGAUUAAAAUACAUAUAUAUCUAUUAUUACGAACGAGGUGAGAUUUUGAGUUUUUAUGAGUAAAAUUUUAAUAUGUAAGAAUUAUGU